UUUGGACGAACUCGACCACCGUACUCGAUACCCUUUCCCCUCAUCUCACUAUGAUGUUUGUUUUUUUCUUUCUAACUUUUAGCUACUAUAGCUAAGUUUGUACCUUCGUUUUGCAGUGCCUUUUACACAGACAGUCAUUCUAUUUUAUUUUUUUCGUUUUCCAUCAUGUUCACGACCACCGGUUCCCGAGGGCUCGAUAAGGCCCCCCUGUCUAAAGGUCUCCUCCUGGUCCUCAGUGGUCUGACUGUCGUGCUAACCCUCCUGCCACAGUACAAUCACCUGUUCACCUACAGCCUGCAGGCCAUCACGCUGCAGCACCAGGUAUGGCGGUUAGUGUGUGGCAGACUGAUCUGUCUGGACCUAAAGGACACCUUCUGCAACAGUCUGCUCAUCUACAACUUCCGCAUCUUGGAGAGACGGUUCGGCAGCAGAAAAUUUGCUUCCUUCCUGUUUGGGACGUGGGUGCUCACUGCACUGGUGGACUUCCUGCUGUCCGAAGCGUUUCACUACCUGUUUGACUACCAGGUGUCUGAGCUGCCUGCCGGACUGCUAGGCCCAGUGUUCAGCCUGUUUGUACCUUUCUACUCCUCCAUCCCCAAGGUUCCAGUCACUCAACUCCUUGGUCAGAUCUCCAUAACUAACAAGUCCCUGGUUUACAUUGUAGGCCUGCAGCUCCUGACCUCCAGUCCGUUCAUGUGGCUCGUUGCUCUCAGUGGACUGGUCUCUGGGAAGCUGUACCACGGAAACGCUCUGAGGGUGCAGCGGCUGCUCUUCGUACCCCAGUGGCUGUCCCGUGUAGGGGCCUUCGUCCUGGAGCCCCUGUUCUCCGGGCCCCCGCCCCCCAAUGAACCCCCCCUGGGUAUGGGGGCUACUCUGGACAUCCAGAGACAGCAGAGGAUGGAUCUCCAUGAUCAACAGAUGCUGCUGGCCCAGUUCCAUCAGGCCAGGAGGAACCACAGACCACCACAGAAUGGCCUAAUGAACUGGAACAGAUUUUUCCCAUCGCUGAGACACAGAGGACAGAACCUUCCCCCAGAGCCACAACCACACCCCUCUCCACCGCUGCAGCCACACCCCUCUCCACAGCAGCUCCACCCCUCUCCACAGCAGCCACACCCCUCUCCACAGCAGCCACACCCCUCUCCACAGCAGCCACACCCCUCUCCACAGCAGCUCCACCCCUCUCCACAGCAGCUCCACCCCUCUCCACAGCAGCUCCACCCCACAGCUCCACCACUGCUGGAGCCCACAGCUCCUCCCUUGGUCAACACUCCUGUAGCUGAAGAACAGGUUGCCAGAUUGAUGGAGAUGGGCUUCUCCAGAAUAGAUGCUCAGGAUGCCCUCAGAGCGUCCAACAACGACAUCAACGUGGCAACCAACUUUCUACUGCAGCAUUUAGGUUAGGGAGGAGUUUGAAAGAUGUAGAACCUGAGAGAGAAAAACAACAGAGGGAACAGAAUAAAGAGUGUGUCUGAUCCAGUGAGCAGGGUCCUGGGGGUUUGAGGCUGAAGAGUGGGUCUGAUCCAGUGAGCAGGGUCCUGGGGGUUUGAGGCCAGGGGGACCGGCCUGCGCUGGAGCUCCAGAGGACUACACAGAGAAUAACUCAACACAGACUACACAAUUACUAGGAGGAAAGGAGAGAGGAGGACAGUAAUGCUGCUGCUGUCCACCGUGCUUCCUGAAGGGUGAAGAGGGCUGUCCACAGUGCUUCCUGGUAGUGGGUGCUCUGCCCUGUUCCAGAUAGUUUGGAUACUCUGUCCUGUCACCUUGCUGCUGAAGGACAGAAGAUGGAGGAUCAGAAGGCUGCUAUUCUCAGGGCUUGUUGCAUCUAGUGUCUUCUCUAUACUCUAUAUAUAGCAUUACCAUGGUUCAUUAUGGCUUCCUCCACCUCACACACACCUUCGCCCAGAAAACACACACACACACACACACACACAUUCGCCAGUCCCUAAAGGUUUUCUUUUGUGUCAUUUGUCCAUGGACAGUGAUUACAGGAGUUUGUUUGCUUGACUUCUGCAGAAUUAAUCUAAAAUCUUAAAGGGGUUUGAAAUGAGGAGAAUUUACUAAAUUAUGGAAACUGUCAAUCUUGUACUCAAUGAAAAACAUCUGCACAUGUAAUACUUAGUGGAUGACUUGUAUGUUUAGCUGCUCAGUGGCUACAUUCUGGUUAACUACACUAUGGAAUAAAAUCAUGGUGACAAGAUAUUAAUUAUUUAAACUGUUUCACUAGUUUUUCACAAAAUCAUUGAGGAUUUAACACUUAUUUAUAUAAUUUUUAUUUACUUUUUGUUUUAUGUGACUGACUGUAUAAACGGAGGUGUGCUUGUUGUUUGGUUAAACCUAUGCCUGUGUGUGGUGUUAUUAUGCUACAGAUUACAAAUGAUUAACAAUUUAACAAACUGCUUCCAACCACUGAAAUAUAUGCAAUGUGCUCUGCUGUGGUAACCGUGCUGCCCAUACAGCGUUACAACAGUAUAAUGGCCUAAUGAAUAAACCUACCUCUCACCUUCA